AUGAAGAGAAGGGCAGAUAAUGAUACCACCACAAUUGUGCACCAACGGAUUCCAUGUACGCUAACACCUUGUUGGAUAGAUCUGAUAAACUUUGAUAGUUACGAAGCGUAUGAAUCCCAUGUUCAAACUGUUCACACUAAUAUAUGUACUCAGUGUAAGAAGAAGUUCCCGACUUAUAACUAUCUAAUGAUACAUAUCGAAGAACAUCACGAUCCAUUCUUCCAAAUCAAGAAGGAACGGGGUGACAAAGUUUAUAAGUGUUUCAAUUAUGAUCCCAGUGAAUCAGGAUGUCAUAAGAAAUGCUCAGAUAGUCAAAAGAGAAGAUUACAUAUGAUAGAUAAACAUGGAUAUCCAAGAGACUUUAACUUUAAAAUUAUAGAUUACGGAAUUUAA